AUGAGAAAUUUGGAGUGCCAAAUGGGACAACUUGCCAGUGCCCAAAAUACUCGACCAGUUAGAGCUCUUCCAAAGUCAGAAUCAGAAAAAUCAAAGGAGUCUGAGAAGCUAGUUGAAGAGGCGGUGGCUAAGCAACCCCCACCAUUAGUUGUCAGGCCACCACCUCCGUUUCCUCAAAAAUUGCAGAAAGUGAAGGAUAAUGCCGCGUAUAAAAAAAUUCUUGAUAUUUUGAAGCAGGUGCAAAUAAAUAUUCCACGGGUAGACAUCCUGCAAGAAGUUCCCAAAUAUGCAAAAUACAUCAAGGACAUAGUGGCAAAUAAAAGGAGGCCGACUGAAUUCGAGACUGUGGCACUCACUGAGGAAUGUAGCUCUAGAAUCCAAAGCAAGCUACCUCAGAAAUUGAAGGAUCUAGGAGUGAUUGAAGAUGUGUUAGUUGAAGUGGGUUCUUUCAUAUUCCCUGUUGAUUUUAUUAUCUUGGACUAUGAGCCUGAUCAGGAAAUCCCAUUUAUUUUGGGGCGUCCAUUCUUGGCCACAGGCCGAGCUAUUAUUGAUGUAUACGAAGGAAAUAUGACGAUGAGAGUAGGUGAUCAAGUGGAGUUUGAGGAGUUGGGCAGGCCUGUUACACUGACCCUCCCUAAGCCAUCUAUUGAGGAAGCUCCAAAUAUAGAAUUAAAACCCCUUCCAGUACAUCUUUGUUAUGCUUAUUUGGGGAACUCUGAAACAUUGCCAGUAAUUAUCUCGUCCAGCCUGACUAAUGUACAAGAAGAAAAAUUUCUCAGAGUACUUCGCAAGCAUAAAAAGGCUAUAGGGUGGACAAUUGCUGACAUCAAAGGAAUCGGUCCAUCGUUUUGCAUGCAUAAAAUCUUUCUGGAAGAUGGACACUGCCCCAUUGUUGAGAAGCAUAGGAGAUUGAAUCCUAUCAUGAAAGAAGUCAUGAAAAAGGAAAUCGCCAUAUGCCUAGAGGAUCAGAAGAAGACCACUUUUACUUGUCCUUAUGGAACUUUCGCCUUCAAGCAAAUGCCAUUUGGUCUUUGUAAUGCACCAGCUACUUUCCAGAGAUGCAUGAUAGCUAUUUUCACUGAUAUGGUAGAAACAUUUGUGGAAGUUCUUAUGGAUGAUUUUUCAGUCAUUGGGUCUUCUUAUGAUGAUUGUUUGAAGAAAAUUUUGCUAGGCCAGAGGAAGGACAAAAUGUUUUAUUCAUUCUACUAUGCGAGUAAGACUCUUAAUGAUGCGCAGCUGAAUUACACCACCACCGAAAAGGAGUUGUUAGCUAUGGUGUGGGCCUUUGAGAUAUUUUGGGCAUACUUGGUGGGAACAAAAGUCAUAGUCCAUACCGAUCAUGCAGCAAUCAGGCUAGAAAAUCACAACCACGUGGAGGAGGGUAGCCAAAUUAAAGAAGUAUUUCCUGAUGAGCAACUUUUUGCUAUCAACCAAGACCCUCCCCCAUGGUACGCGGACUAUGUGAAUUAUCUGGUGAGUGGGGUACUUCCUCCUGAAAUUGAAUCUGAAGCUAGAAAGAGGUUUCUACAUGAUAUGAACUUUUACUAUUGGGAUGAGCCAUAUUUGUACAAGCAGUGUGCUGACCAAAUGAUGAGGAGAUGCAUACCUGAAAAGGAGGUCAAACUAGUGUUGUAUGAUUGUCAUGCAUCACCCUAUGGGGUCCAUUAUGGAGGCGAUAGAAUAGCUGCAAAAGCUAAAUAUGGAGUCCGCCCUAGAGUUGCAACUGCAUAUCAUCCUCAAACAAGUGGACAAGAAGAGGUGUCUAAUAGAGAAAUAAAGCAAAUCUUAGAGAAGACG